AUGGAGAAGCCGUGGGCCGCGAGCAAGAGAGUCGCGCUGCUGCUCGCCAUCUGCCUCGUCCUGCUGCCGCCGGCGCUGGUGAUCCUGCCCGGCAUGCGCGACGCGCCGUACCCGUGGAAGCUCCGGUGGGCAAUCACGUCAACAGGACAAGAUGUGGUGGGAAUCCAGAAACUAGAGGAGAAAUGCGACAUGUCGAUGGGGAAAUGGGUCAGGGAGCCGAUGGGUCCAGUCUACACGAACCUGACGUGCCCGACGCUACCGGACAUCAAGAACUGCCAGAGGUACGGCAAGGACCCCGGUCACCUCUUCUGGCGGUGGCAGCCCGAUGGCUGCGACCUGCCGCGGUUCGUGCCGGAGCGGUUCCUCGACGUCGUCCGUGGCAAGCGGCUCGCCUUCAUCGGCGACUCGCUGGCGCGCAACCAGAUGGAGUCCCUGCUCUGCCUCCUGUCUCAGGACCAGAAACCUACGAACGUGGACGCCGUCGAGUCCGACAACUUUCAGGCAUGGUACUUCCCCACGCACAACUUCACGCUCAUGGUGAUGGUGACGCGGUACUUCACGCACGCCGUUCCUGUCCUCGACGCGGCCGGCAAGCCGACUGACUCCUUCGACAUCCACCUCGACAGGCUCGACCCUACAUGGACGAGCCAACUGACGGAGCUGGACUACGCCGUCCUCUCCGGCGGCAACUGGUUCUUCCGAGUCAACUACCUCUGUGAGGGCGGCCGCCGCAUCGGCUGCGUCGGCUGCCGCGAGGCCAACCUCACCGACUUCGGCAUCGCCUACUCCGUCCGCCGUGUCGUCAGGGCGGCCCUCGAGGGCAUCGUCCGGUGCCGAGACUGCAACAGCAGCCUCGUCGCGUUCUUGCGGACGUACACGCCAAGCCACUUCGAGCACGGCUCGUGGUUCGACGGCGGCUACUGCAACAGGACGCAGCCGUUAGGGGAGCAUGAGACAAACUUCAAAAGCAUCGGGUGGGAGCUGAGGAGAGUGCAGAGCGAGGAGGUGAUGUGGGCGAGGGAGAUGAGCGGGAGCGAGAGGUUCCGGGUGCUGGACGUGACGAAGGCCAUGAUGCUGCGCGCCGACGGCCACCCGGGCUGGCACUACGACAAGAGAUCGGCGCGGGACGCCAACGACUGCCUGCACUGGUGUCUGCCUGGACCCGUCGACAUGUGGAACGACAUGCUGCUCCAGCGGCUCGACGAGAUAUCACCACCGUUGCGUCGUUGA